GAAGCAGUCGGCAGGUGAAUUCAAUCUAACUAACGAGGGACAGAGUGCAAACAACAGCCAAUCAAGGGGGAGGGGAGAAAGGGAGAAACCAGGAAGUGUACUAAAUAGUGAUCGUUACUACACUCAUAGUUCACUCUUUACAUUGUUUAACGUCACUUUGUAUUGCUGAAGUUAUGAAGGUAAUAUUAAAAUAACACAUACAUGGACAUUAAAUGGAGAGUUGCAUAAGAUGAUGUAGGACUCAAUACAUUUAAAGAGACGGGGGAGGGAAACGUGUUGUGUGGAAACUGUGUAGAAACAGGAAACUAUUGUAUGUAAAGGACAGAGAAUAAAGUCUGACCACAAAAUGUGUUUAAUCUCAAUGAGACGUGUCAGGUUGUACUCAGACUGAGAGCGAUAUCAGGAAGUUGUUUCCAACUGAAACUCAAACAGGGAUUACCAAAUAGACAUGGGAAUGAUGUUUCUCAGAUUCUCGUUAACUGCUAGCUUGGAAACAUGGGAACUGUAAAACAGAAAAAUACAAGCUCCAAGAAAUACAAGAGAAUAAUCAGAGGUGCUGAUUGUCAACAGGCAAGGCAGGCAACUGCCUGGGGCCCCGGGCCAGUAGGGGUGCCUCGGGGGCUGACAAACUUUACACCAUUGCAGUGGCUCAAAAUGUGUCAAUUUUCCAAUGACAGUAGGAACCUCGCUAAUGGGGCCCCAUCUGACAGCACUCACUCUCGUUGCCCUGCUAAGCAUAGCAUGCAUUGGUGUUUUGAAAACCAAAGACCAAAGAAAGAGUAACAAAAAGGAAGAGGGACGUCAGUGACAAGACGCUGAGGAGCUGCUUAUAACAGUAGGUGACUAUUUUUUAUUAUUCUAAAAUCCUUUUUAUAUCAAAACAAUUAUUUUUGCUUAUGAAAUACGUUUACUGCUCAUUUUUUGUGAAUAACUAUUUAUUGAGUUGUUUUUACGUUAAGUUGCUUGUACACAGAGCCGGAGAGAAAUGAACAGUCAUCCAACCAAACACUUUGACGACAUUAUUAGUUUGAUAUGGAAAAUAAAAAAGGGAUAGAGGAAUGCAUGAGUCAUGUCAAAUGAGGGGCACUUCAGAGCAGACACAUUAUGUUUCUUCUCUUUUGAGCAGAAUAUGGCUGAGAGUCUUCAACACAUCCGCAGACCUCCUAAACCUCAUGCACCAAUUUCAAGUUGUUUCCAGGCGAUUGUAUGUGUCCUGCCUUUCGCUCAACUCUUGAUAGGAGCAAAGUACCAGUUUGACUGCCCGGCUCAGCGUUACAUUCCAAUCUACCUGUUGGUGGCGGGAGUCGUCACCCUGCUGCUGGCCAUGCUCUCCAUCUGUCCCUGCACUGCCGGCUUCGGGAAUCACAGCAAAACCUGGAGCUGCUUCGUCUCCGUCUUCUUCUUCUGCUGGUUCAUCGCUGGUAAUGUUUGGAUUUACUCAAUCUACGAACCAAACUACAACAAGACGGCCCCCAUAAACACCUACUGCAACAAGACCCUCUACCUUUUUGCCUUCUGGACCACCAAUGCAAAUUAUAUUCUCUUAGGUCUCCUCCUUGUAUCUAGCUGUUGCCGCUGCAUUCUGUCUGGUGAUGAUUAAAAGAAAACAAACUCUGACAAACUUAUGGAUUUGUUAAAGGAUUUAAUGACAGUAAACAUGAGAGUAUUCACCUGUGUGUGUUCAUGCCGGUCAGGCCUGCCUUAUUGAAGGAGAUUCCAUCACUUCAAACACGAGAAUCACACAUGGGUUUAUUGUUAUGAAAGCCCCCCCCCCCCAUCAUGAUUUACACACAAACUACCAAGGAGUAAUUCAAAUUGUAUGUAUACCCUGUUCAGAUGUAUAACUUUUAACAACAACAUUUUAACAAUUAAAAAAUUAAGAAUGUUGUCAUUA